AUGAUGUUUUGGUCAUCUAAAUCGGGUAUCAGCUCUAAAUAUACAUUUUCGUCAUCACCUACUUUCACCGCUGAUCCAUGGAGUGUCUACACCGGCAGGCCAAAAUCCACUUCAAGCUCAAGCCCUUCAAAAGUCUCGAUAUUUUCCUUUGAUAAAAAAUUCUUUGAGAACUAUCUUCUAAAGUAUGGAAUAAUCAAAUCGAAAUCCUCUUCACAGGAUAAAAAUCUCAUCCAGGAAGGUUAUGAAGUCUUACGUAAACAAGUUAACAAUCUAGCUAAACUGAAGCAUCCAAAUAUUUUAACAUUAAUUGAGCCAUUAGAAGAACAUUCGAAAUCGUUUUUGUUUGUCACUGAAUUUGUUACAGGUUCAUUAGAUAUUAUCUUCAACACAUCCCAAGACAAUGAGGAGCAAAAUUUCUUCAAAGAUUAUAAUAAAGAUCAAAUUGUUAUACAGCGUGGGAUCCUACAAUUAGUCAAUGGGCUGGAUUUUAUUCAUUCCACUACCAAUUCCGUGCAUUUAAAUAUUCAACCAAAAUCAAUCUUCGUCAAUGAAAAUUCAGAUUGGAAACUAUCAGGAUUAGGCCAUUUAAUGAAAUUACCACAGGGAUCAAACACAGAUGAAUACUCGUUACCAAUGUAUGAUCCUCGAAUUCCAUCUUUCAUGCAAUUAAACUUUGAUUAUAGUGCCCCUGAACUGAUGUUGGAUCAUACUUUGACGUGCAAGAAUGAUUAUUUCUCACUAGCUUUACUGAUAAAUUUUUUGUAUUGUGGAGAGAAUAUCAUUUUACGUAGUGAGAACUCAGUAAGUCAAUAUAAAGAUGAAUAUUCCAAUUUUGAGAGGAAAAUUAGUACUUUGUCAUGGGAUAAAGUGUUUAUCAAAUUACCAGUGAAAUUAAGACAUUGUAUGCCCAGUCUAAUGAAUAGAGACAUUUAUUCCCGAUAUAAUAAUAUUACUGAUUUCUUAGAAUCUGAAUUUUUCCAAGACCCACUUAUAAAAACUUUGAAUUUCCUAGACGAAUUACCAACGAAAGGCAAUGAUGAACGACUAGUGUUUUUAGAUGGUCUUGUAGAAUUAUUACCAGAUUUCCCAACGACACUGUUACAGAAAAAAUUCCUUCCAAUAUUAUUGGACUUGUUAAAUCAAUUAUGUACAGAGAAAAAUCUAGAUCUCAGAUGUAUUUCAAGGAAUGUAGAAUUGGUCUUGAAGAUAGGUUCAUCCUUAUCUCAAUUAUCUUUCCAUGAAAAGGUAUAUCCUGUCCUGACACAUAAAAUCAAUUUUCCAAUUUUGUUGAAGAAAUCAACUCUUUCUUUGAUUGAGAAUUUGAAGAUUUUGAAAGAUUCGUUGAAAUUAAAUGAAUUUCUAGAUAUUUUUUUGAAACCAAUAUUGAAUUUCGUUUUAAAGGAGAAUGAUUCCGAUUCAACAGUUAUACGUCAAGAGAAGUUAUUAGCACAGCUAUCACUAAUCCUUGAAUGUUUUGAUUUCCCCACUGUGAAAAAUUAUUUACUACCAUUGAUUUCCACUUUAUUUACCAAGACAACAAGUUUAACAAUUAAGAUAAAUGUAGUUUCAUGUUUUAAGAUUUUCAUUGAACAGAAAGCUGUUGACUCUUAUAUUUGUUGUGAUGAAAUUUUACCAUUGUUCAAAUCAAUGAAAACUCGAGAUCCGAGAAUCCUAAUGGCGUCUUUGCAAUUAUUUGAAGUUUUGCCCGGAUUAAUCAAGGACGAAGUUGGAUUAGUGGAACAAGUACUACCAUUAUUAUGGAGUUAUUCGAUGUCAUCAACGUUAAAAGUGGAACAAUAUAUUCAGUAUUCAAAUGUCAUUGAAAAACUUUCUGAAGAUGUCAAACAACGUCAUUUGAAGAAAUUAGGUAACUCAACUGAUUUGAAAGACUUAAAACAAGGUAACGCAUUUAACAAAAUUAUAGAUACACCAAUUGCCCCUGUUAGAACAGACAUGGAAACUCAAACAGCUAAGAAUAUUAAAGUUCCUGCAAUACAUCCUACUAAGAAAACAGCAACCCCACCAUUAUCAGCAUCAUCGAUACCACCUAAAAUGGAAUAUUCCUCGACCGAGAUACCGAAAAGAGCAUAUUCUCAACAACAACGUACUGUUAAUACAAAUCUACAAGGGAAGGACCGAGUUACUUGGAAUCCACCACUUAACCUCAAUCCGGCUCCUAUCAGCCCUGUAAGCAACAAUACUCAUAUUCUAACCCCUGCGCGUAGUAGUUAUGCGACACUGCAACAACAACAACAACAACAACAACAACAACAACCUAUGGUCACAUCUACAAACUUACAAAAUUCCACUACCAAAAAUGAACUUUCUGGUUUAGCGUUUACCAGUCAACCAUCUAUAUCGCCUCUACAGCCAAUGGGAACAUCAUCUAAGUUCCCUCCUGGAUUUUCAAUUCCGCUUCAACCAAAUAGGAAGCCGGACAAUGCAAUGGCUAAUCUCAAUUCGUUCAAUACGAGGAAUGAUAAUUCGGCGUCGUUAAUUUAA